AUAUCUCCGCUGACUCACAGCCUCAUGAGUGGUGGAAAUUCGCGCCGCGCUCAGUUUUACCGCUCGCUGACUUUCCGUGUAAGAGUCUGACCUGAAAACCACCCGGAAUCAUAGUGCCCGCGGCUGCUGGAGACACGUGACCGGCCUGACUCUGCCCACAGGAGCCGCAGCAGGGUCUCCUCCUCCUCCUCCUUUAGUCAGCCCUCAGUGAGACCCCUGAAGACCAGAGAUGAAGACCCCCUGCUCUGGAGAGGAGCUGCUGAACUAGCAUCCACAUAUACAGAGACCAUGCAGGAGUUGGCCGUGACUCAACCCUUUGUGACCGUGAUGAAUGGCAACGUGAAUCUGACCUGUACCACCCCAUAUGAAGAGAACCGUAUUCCUCUAGUUGUUCUCUACAGCGUAGUGCUGUUUGUGGGCCUGCCUGCCAACCUUGCCACUGUCUACCUCACCCUGCUUCAGGUGCGGCGUAAAAAUGUGUUGGGCAUCUACUUGUUGAGCCUGUCUGUCUGUGACUUCUCGUACCUGCUGACGCUGCCCGUGUGGGCCAUGUAUGUCAACGGGGGACACCGCUGGCUCUGGAGCUCGCUGGCAUGUCAGGUGACGGGCUACGUCUUCUUUACCAACAUGUACAUCAGCAUCUUCUUGCUGUGCUGCGUCUCCAUCGACCGUUACGUGGCAGUGGUGUACGCUGUAGAGUCGCGGGGGCUCCGUCGCCAAAGAUUAGCCACUCUGGUGACAUUUAUCAUAUGUAUGGUGGUGGGCCUGGGCCAUGUUCCUGUUUUUAACAUGGAAGAGGGCAAUGCAGCCACUGGUGAGCGUCGCUGUUUCGAGCCAGGCCAAAGCACAGCCAUGGUCACAGGAUUCAACUACGCACGCUUCUGCUUGGGCUUCUUUGCCCCACUUGCAGUGCUGGUCUUCACCAACCGAGCUAUCUUGGCCAACGUACAGGCCAGCACUGGUCUGCGUCCCUGCCAGAAAGAUAAAGUGCGCCUCCUAGCCGUAGCUGUGGUGUUGCUCUUCCUGGUCUGCUUUGGGCCGUACCACAUCAUCCUGCUGAUGCGUGCUAUUACCUACCACUUUCCCCAAGUGCAAGAGGACUGCCACUUCGAGAAGCGCAUCUACACACCCUACACCAUCUCCCUGGGCCUGUCUACGAUCAACAGCGCCAUUAACCCUAUCCUGUACGUGCUGUCCAGCGACAACAUCCGUAAGGAGAUAAGGAGCUGCCUGGCUGGUUUUAAGAGCCGUGCCGGACACCACCAGCGCUCCACAGACAGCAGCCAGAACAAGAUGCAUUCAAAAAACUCUUCAGACCAGCUUUCCACAAGAGACCAGGAAAAGACAAGGAUUCCUACACCGUGCUAGUUUCACAAUUAUGAAAAUACUUUUGGUGCUGUCCAAACACGCCAGUACAUGCCGGUAUUUGCUUCAGAAGAACUCCUUACC